AUGAUCGUCAACAAGAAGCUGGACCGCCUGAAGCAAUGGGGCCGCGAGCGGAUGGGCGGCGAAGUCAGGACCGACACCAACGAUGAGUUCAAGGCGCUGGAGCAGGAGAUGUCGCUGCGGCAGGAGGGCAUGGAACGUCUCGACCGCUCCGCCAAGUCAUACGUCAAGUCCAUCUCGCGCCGUGACGCAGGCGAAGAGAAGGAGAAGCAGCUACCCAUUGGCUACUUCGGUACCGCCAUGCUCUCCCACGCCGAAGACUUCGAGCCGGACUCCGAAUUCGGCCAAUGCUUAUCCGCUCUCGGCCGCGCCAACGAGCGCAUCUCCCGCAUGCAGGAGACCUACUCCGCCAACGCCACCAGCAGCUGGUUGGAAAGUAUUGAGCGUAGUCUCGUGCAGAUGAAGGAGUAUCAGGCCGCGCGGAAGAAGCUGGAGAGUAGACGCCUCGCUUACGACACUGCCAGCGCGAAGAUGCAGAAGAGCAAGAAGGAGGAUUUCCGCAUGGAGGAGGAGUUGCGCAGUCAGAAAGCCAAGUAUGAGGAGAGCAGCGAGGAUGUCUUUCGCCGCAUGCUUGACAUCAAGGAGGCAGAAGUCGACAGUGUCGGCGACCUGACUGCCUUUGUUGAAGCGGAGCUGACGUACUACGACCGCUGCCGAGAAGUGCUGCUACAAGUGAAGAGGGACUGGCCAGCGUGCGUGUCCCUCGCCCCAUACUCUGAACCUUACAUUAACAUCUUCUGUUAG